UUGGACGAGGUGAACACAAAAGCUCAGCAAGCUUGGUUCUUAGAAACUGGCUUCAUCGCUUUGAUUUCCGCCAUCGAAUGUUAGUCUUUCGUCAGCAUACAGCCGACACGUCCUACUAAUGACAACAUGAGAUUGCACAUUGCAUUGGAACCGCAGUCCAAUGGUACAGUACUCCUGGAGGUACGGUAUUCGCUCCCGAGGGAAUAGGGAAGACGGAAGCAAUGAUCCGGGUGCGUUGACGUUGAGCGAGGCAUGGACAGCUCAGUGGGAAGGUUCCCUUGACUAGUCACAGUAUUGUACACUUUAGUAUCCGCUGAACAAGUGGAUUGAUGGAUUGCAGCUCGAAAUCCCUUCCAAAAAGCCUGUUUCUGAUCAUGAAUUACUAAAAAUUGGAGCAAUUCUCAGCAAUUCAGUCGUCCUACUGCCUUUCCUUUUACAUUUGCAACUCAUUUCGCAUCACUCUUCGUUAUUUCCGAGGGCAUGGAUCGGUUUGCAUGGGCCGAGCUCAGUGCUCAGACCGGUCAGCUUGUCCUGCUGCCAGGCGAAGUCGUGCUCGCGUCCCAAAGCAACGUUGCGCUCUACGCCGGCGACAUUUUGACUGAAUGGGUGGACGGAAUCGUCACCGUCACAAGCCACCGCGUUGCGUGGACACACAAUCAACAGCUUCCACCAGCGGCGCGGCAGUGCAUGGCCGUGCCAAUGGCUCAAAUAAUUCAACUAGACCACAAGGCUGCCUUUCUCAAAUCAAGCGCCAAAGUCUUUCUAUACAUGUCGGCUGCAACUACUACACGAAUGCCCGGACCGAUUGCGCCAGGCACGAGCAACUCGCCGCUCGUCAAGCUUUCAUUCCGAAGUGGAGGCUCCGAUGCGGUCUAUAACGCCCUGCAUGCUUCCAUUCACGCGGAAGGCUGGCUGGCGGCCCCGCCAAUUCCACCCCGGAGCACUCUGGCGUCUGGAGCAUCCUCAUCAUCAUCCGUUGCUUCAGGUAGUGCAUCAAGCAGUGCCGGCACCACAUCGCUGAGCUCUGGGACAGCGCCCAGGAUGGUGGGUAUUCAUGGAAUCUCGACGAAAAUGGAGCAAGACAGCAAACAAGCCGAGGCUAGUAUCAACGAUGCCUUCCAAGAUUUGAACGCGUUGAUGGAUAAGGCCAAAGCCAUGGUUUCGAUCGCCGAACGAUUCACGGCAAAGAUUGCCAAGUCGUCGAACGAUGUUUCCGACGCCGAUUCGCAAAAGUUCCAAGAGUACCUCUUGAGUCUCGGCAUUGCCAGUCCAGUUACCAGAGCUACGCACGGAACAGGUGAGCUCUACCACAAGGAACUCGCACGACAGCUGGCAGGAUUCCUCGCACAGCCGCUGGCCAAGCACGGUGGCAUUCUGCCGCUGAUGGACGUUUAUUGCUUGUUCAACCGCGCUCGUGGCACGGCACUCAUUUCACCGGAAGACUUGCUGCGCGCAUGCAAUCUCUUUGAGCACUUGAGUCUGCAGGUUCGAUUGCGCGAGUUUGCAUCUGGCGUGCUCGUCGUACAAUUGCAAGACUUCAGCGACGAGAGCAUGGCCGCUCGAACUGCUCAGGUUGUCAGCCAGGCUUCCAACAUGUCUGCCAGUGAUCUCGCGCACAACCAGAACGUCAGCGUGACGCUUGCCAAGGAAAUGCUGCUUCAAGCCGAAACCCGAGGCCUGGUCUGUCGCGACGACUCGGAAGAGGGACUUCGCUUUUAUCCCAACCGCUUUCUCGAGCUGCAGGGUUGAUGUGCGCUCAAUUUAUUGUUUCUCGGGUAUCGAGCAUUGAGUCUAGGGAGAUGUUUAUAAAUGAAAAUAAUAAACAAAUAACGAUGCA